ACUCAAUGAACUAGUCCCUGCUUCAUUGAAAUUUUUCCUGAUAGGAAUAUAUAAUCCAGUUUCUCCAAGAAGCUGUCAAGUGAUGUCUCUGGCAGCCGGGUGUCCUAGCGUGAUGCUACUCCACUAGCUAGCUUUAUAUACCAGUACCACACAAGAAUCAAGUACUCCACAUUGCAACCAACACUCACAAUUAGGAGAGACUGAAACAAAGGUCGAUCAAAAAUGGCGGAGUUCGCGCUUGGUUUGACCAAGGCGGCGGUGGAAGGGACGCUCAUCAGGGUGAAGUCGGCGAUUGAGGAGGAGACGAAGCUGAGGGUGUGUGUGCAGGACGACCUUGUGUUCAUCACUGGAGAGUUCCAGAUGAUGCAGUCCUUCCUUCGCGCCUCCAACGCGGGGGAGCGUGCAUCCCAGAACCACGUGGUGCGGACGUGGGUGAGGCAGCUCCGUGACCUCGCCUUCGAUGUCGAGGACUGCAUCGAGUUCAUCGUCCACCUCGACAAGGCAUCGCGCUGGGACUGGGUGCGGCGCCUGACCUCGUCCCUCGUCUGCAUCGCCAGCCCACCGCUGCCCCUGGACGUGGCGGUUGAAGAGAUAAAGCGUCUCAAGACCAGGGUGGAGGAUGUCAGCCAGAGGAACACCCGCUACAAUCUCAUGGGUGGCAGCGACGGUGUCAACGACGACCACUCCUCAGGUCAGCAGCAUCAGCUGCUUAUGCACCCUGUGGCCCAUGGCAUGGCGGCAUCAUUGGCGACAUUCCAUGACCUAAUGAAGGUGUGGAAGGCCAUGGGAAAGCUACAUGAUCACACCCUUGAUCUGACAAAGUUGAUCAAUUGCCAAGACAGUGAGCUGAGAGUGAUCUCUCUAUGGGGAGGUCUGCAAGCUGAUGUUGUUGGGGAACUUGGGUGGGCAAGUAUUAUGAAGAAGGCAUAUUAUGACGAAGACACCUGCCGAGAAUUCAAGAAUCGUGCCUGGAUAAAGCUGGGUACGCACCAUUCUUUCAACCCGGUAGAGUUUCUCAACAACCUGCUGGCUCACUUCACAUCACAUCAUCACCACCGCUACCAUGACGAUAUGUCUGAGCUCAUGCUGCAAGUCAGCAAGCAUAAGUAUCUCAUCGUCAUAGAGCAAGAAUUAUCCAGUGUUGCUGAGUGGAAUGCCAUUAGAAUGUGCCUUCCAGACAGCAAAAAUGGCAGCCGGAUCGCCAUCUUCACCAAGCAGUUGGGACUUGCCCUUCUCUGCACGGGAGAACCCUACCAAAUAUCAGAGCUUGAGUGCUUCUCUGAUGAUGGAUAUCUUUGUGCCAUUUUUCCCGAGGCUUGUGGGCCUCGCAGCGCCAUGGGUGAAUUCAUCUGGCAAUUAAGACGACGUGCUGGUGUUAUUUCCUUAUUCUGGGACUGGGGGCAUGGUUCUGACAAAAGACAGUUCAGGAGAAGAUUGUACAGAAGCACAGUGGAUAGGUUGAGAGCACUCUUGCCAAGUGUGCUCGACAGAGUGAAUUUUGAAUACCAGUACUGGCAUGAUAUUUCCGCAUGCCCGAAUGACUUGGCCAUUUUGGCCGUGUCCUUACUUUUGGAAUCUUGCCCAAAAGAUAAACGGAAAACUGUAGAGGAAAAGCUCAACGGGAUGGAUAAUCAGGAUUUAUUUGAACGGUGUCGUGAGUUUCUGACUGAACAUGAUUACCUCAUCUUCUUUGACAUGAUGGACACCCAAAAAGGCCUAGAGAGCUGGGACUUGAUAAAACAGCACCUCUUAUGUGAGUCUACUAGAGCUACUAUCGUUGUUCUUACACGUAGUAAACGUGUCGCCACAUAUUGCGUAGAUGGUGAAGAAUGUCGGGCGCUCAACCUCAUAAAUGUGAUGAAGGGUUUCUGUGGUAAACAUGAAUCUUCACAUAAGCUGCUUCUUGGGCGUACAGACGAAGAUAAACUCCUUCAAGGCCAAAUGAAGGAGUUCCCUCUUGUCACGUUCGUGUGGGGAAUUGCUGGUGUUGGGAAAUCAGCUAUUGUCAGUUUUUUUUAUGACCUAGUAGCUUUCAAAUACGACAUGUGCGGCUGGGUGGAUGUACCCCAUCCGUUCAAUUUGAGGGACUUGUGUCGGAGCUUGCUUCUGGACUUUUAUUCGGAUGAUGUUUAUGCCAAGGAAACUGCAUUAAUUGGUAUGAUGGAAGGUCAAGACCCUAUUCAAGGGUGUCGAAAAGUUUUGAGUGAAAACAAAUGCCUCCUUGUUAUUGAUGGCCUCCAGUCCACGCAUGACUGGGACCUGAUAAAAUCAACCUUGUUAUUCGGGCCUGUAAGUGGUAGUAGCACUAUUGUCAUUACACGUGAAGAAAGCAUUGCCACAUAUUGUGCAGAUAGAAAACAAGAUAUUAUAAACGUGAAAGGUCUAGAAACUGGCAAGGCCCUUUAUCUCUUCAGAAAGAUAACUAUUGAUGGGAAGCAACUGCCCUCUCAGGCAGAGACGAUUUCAAAGCUUAUCGUGUCCAAGUGUGGCGGGAUUCCGGAAGUAAUAGUUGCUAUAGGCAAAUAUACACGCGAAUACAUAAGGGAUAAGAAGUUCUUGGAGUCUAUAAAUGCGGACUUCAUGGGAUGUUUAGAGACCAACUCAGUUUUUCCCAGUUUAACAAGCCUAUUUUGUUGGAUGCAAUCCUACUUUGAUGCUUGCUCGGAUGAACUCAAGCCAUGCAUCUUCUAUAUGGCAGUCUUCCCUGCGGAUCAAAGCAUUAGGAAGAGUCGCUUGCUCAGGCGGUGGAUCGCGGAGGGUUACUCAUCUGGUGGUGGUGGCACUGAAGAGGAGAAGGUGGAAAAGCUCAUGUCCGAGCUGAUGAAGUUGAGCAUAUUAUAUCAGGAGCAACAGAAAUCAACAAUGAUAAAAAGCCACUGCAAAGUCAAUGGUUUCUUCCGUGAAUACAUCAAGUCACGACCAAUGGAAGAUAACCUUGUGUUUGAAUUAGAGGGGAAUUGCAGCCCCAGCUCACAACUCACUGGACAACACCUCACCAUAAGCAGCAGCUGGGAUAGAGAUGAGAUUGUAUUCAAAAGCAUGGACUUAUCACGGCUACGGUCUUUGACAGUGUUCGGUGAGUGGAGAUCAUUCCUCAUCUGUGACAAGAUGAAGCUGCUUCGGGUGCUUGACCUAGAGGGCACUAGUAGUGCAUCAGAUGGUACUGGUAGUGUAACAGAUGAGGAUCUGGAGAAGAUCGUGAAGCAGUUUCCUCGCCUCAAGUUCAUGUCCUUGCGAAGAUGCGUGCUCAUCACUUAUCUCCCAGAUGCAUUGGGUUCCAUGAGGCAGCUGGAAACUCUAGAUGUCAGGCACACCUCCAUAGUCGAGUUGCCACCUGCUAUAAUCACCAAGCUACACAAGCUGCAAUACAUUCGUGCAGGAAACACCAUCAUCACAUCGGAGGAGGAGGAGGAGUCAGGGGAGUCGGAGGAGGAGGAGCCGCAAGAACAAGAGUACCUACAAGCCAACAUAUCAGGAUCCGGGUUAGUCCAGGGAGCAUCAACAGGGUCAUGGAAGAAGAGAGUGGGUGAUUUGAAAGAAUCCUGCAGCUGGUGUCUGUCCAAGAACGUGCGCAGAUGCCGACGUGUUGCUACAAAUGGCGGUGGUGUUGAGGUUGUUCCUGCUGCUGCACAUGGGAUUGGCAAGCUGACUCAGUUGCAUACACUCGGUGUUGUGAAUAUUGCGGGUGGGAGAGGCGGCUUCCUUCUGCUCAAGGAGCUUAAGAAGCUUACCCAACUGCGCAAGCUCGGGUUGUCCGGCAUCAACCGUAAAAACUGGAAGGAUUUGUGUUUGACCGUCUCGGGUCACCUCCCUCAUCUCGAGUCCUUAUCGCUACAAUUGUUGUUGCUGGAGGAGGACGGCAGCUAUGACUUUGCUUCUUUCGAUGACAUCUCCAGGCCGCACAAGACCUUAAAGAGCCUUAAGGUAUUUUACACUAGUACUGGAGGUGGUGCAGCCGCAGGCGCUGCAUGCAUAAGGCCAGCCUGGAUCAAUCAGUUUCCCAAUCUCAAAAGGUUUAAUCAUGAGGUGAGGAUAUCAAGUCAAGAUGACAUAGAUAGCAUUGAACAUUGCGAAUGGGAUUCAAAAUACCGGUAUGGCGAAACUCAUAUUUCAGAAUUUGAGCGUGGUCUUGCUAUCAAGCCAACUCAGCAGCAUCUCAGUUUUGAAGAACCUCCUACCCUGGCUCUGAACACCCUCACGAUUUAUUGCAGCAGCAUAAGCUCGACAGUAACUUUUGAAAAGGACAUUGUAAUUGUUAAAGCAAUCAGCAUUUACUGCUGCAGCUCUUGUGGUGGAUCGUCGUGCUUGCAGAUUGUUGGGCUACAGCAUAUAGAGUGUCUCGAGGAAGUCUUGGUAAAGGGUCCAUGCAGCAAGAGCUUCAAGAAAGACUUGCGCAGGCAACUCAAGAAGAAUGAGUUCAAACCUGUCCUGAAGCUGUAUAAGUCGUGAUCGAUCAUAGUAGAUCGUGCUGUUUGCUUGCUUGCUACCUUUUGUGUAUAAAUUAAUUAAUAAUUGAUCCAUUUAUGCUCCUGCAAAUUUUACCACUCGAGUGAGUUUCCUUAAUUUCAGACAGCAAAAGCAGUACUGUGUGGUUAUCUUGUUGCAACUUUUUCAGCUGGCAUGCAUAUGAAUUGAACUGACGGGGGCCCUUAACAUGGUGGUCACAGCUCAAAAAUUCAACAAAUAGGUAGUAUAAUCAGUUAGCUGCAACUGGUUACAAAAGCGUUAUAAGACUAAUCUUCUUCCUGCUGGUGAUGCAGACCAAAAGAAUUAAUGUAAAGAAUUAGCAAGUACAGGUGAUUGGCGAUAGGAGCACUCACUCGAUGAGCAGCAGAUGAUUGAUGGAAGGAUGGAUGCCCAGUUCUUCUAAGAAUGCCUGCCCAAGUCGUACAGCAUCUCGGCGCCCAUAUCUAGCUUCGCCAUGCUUGAACAUUACGGAAGCCGCGGCAGCGAUGUCCGAGCCGAGCAAGUGCCACACCCGUGCACGUAUAGAGGUAGAUUGUGAUGGAGCAUGUAACAGCAUCAACAACAAAUUAAUUAAGACUGCCUGAUGCAUGAGGAAAAUUAACUAAUGUAUUCGAGAGGCGCAGCCGAAUGAACCAUGCAUAUUACCAUACUACUUACUGCUGUCCAAUCCAAUGUUUGAAUGAACACAUUCGUACUACAUAUUCGCAAUCCAAUGCUUUCAUGGUCACACUAGAUAGAAUGAACACAUUCGUACUCCAUAUUCCAUCGAGUCCAGGUAACUGUCGCAGCUCGCUUAAUUAGUCAAGAAUCCAAGCAGAGUCAACGGCUCGCACGAUUGAUGUGUCAUCGGUCAUCACCCUUCCUUGCAAUGAUCAGCACCACCAGCUGCAGCCUGACACAAAAUUCAGUAAGCCCCACACGCAGCA